AUGGGCAGCUGUAUCAACCUUGACGAAUGUAUUGCACACCCACAGCAAGUGAAUUUCAACUCUACUGACUUCUACAAUGUUUUACAAUGGCAGGAAGCCAAUCAUACCAGUAAGAGUAUUGUUUACAUGGUACAAUACAAAAUGUAUGGGGAGAAACAGUGGAAUUCUGUGACCUUACUCAAGAGACAAGGCACUUUAUGGAGCCACACUUUGCAAGAGUUCAAGCCCUUACAGCAAACGGCCACUCAAACUGGGUACAUAGUGAAAGGUUUAUUCCCUUCUGGGAAAUGUGCGAUCUUGAAAACUCCAGUCAAGGUAGUAAAGAAAAAUGUAAUAGGAAGUACCCAAAAGGAUUCAGAAGCCAUUAGUCCACCAAAGAUUAAACUCACACCCCAGUCAAGAUCUAUACAGGUGGAAUUGUUUGCUCCACGCACACCUUUCAGAAGGAAAAAUGGCUCCUGGAUUACCUUGGAUAAAAUUUAUAUCGACUUUGAAUACCAAGUAGAAAUUACAGGAAAUCCAGUGGAUCAUAGACCUGAAUCAUGCAGAGCAACAAGUACAACAAUAUCUAUCCACAAUCUAAAACCCAGAACAACUUACUGCAUGCAUGCUCGAAUACAGAUACCUUUAUUUCAUAAAAUCAGUAAAUAUGGUAGAGAAAAAUGUGCAACAACAUUUGAUGGAUCCAAGCUGCCAUAUGCUGCACCUACAAAAGACCAUAAGACCACAUGA